ACGGUCACUCGUUUAACCGAAACACAGGAGAAGGGGGGCAAGCUGCUGCUGCUGCUGCUUACUAGCUUGCCCCUUUUUUUAUUUUCCUUUUUCUUCACACACAAAGAAGCGAUGGCAGCGUCUCACCUGGGAUCCACGAUGGUGAUGCUGUGCUCUGAAUAGUUCAGCGACGUUUUACCUGUGAAAGCUAAAGCGGUCGUCAUAGCAACACGUCAAAAAAAGUUUUAUGUGACCAUGGAUUCGACGUGCAGUGUCUCUGCUGCUCCGGCCGGUCUGACCGUCCAGGUCUGUUUCCCCGGCGCCCGUGCUGCUGUGUUGGACAAUCUGAACCGUCAGCGUGAAGAGGGCAGGCUGUGCGACCUCUCCAUCCAGGUGCAAGGUCAAGUGUUCAGAGCCCACCGCUGUGUGCUCGCUGCGUCCUCGCCUUACUUUCAUGACCAGGUGUUACUGAAGAAUGUCACGACUGUCUCGCUGCCCUCAGUGAUGGAUCCAGUGGCCUUUGAGAGCGUCCUGAGCUCUGCCUACACCGGCCAGCUGAGCAUCGUGCACGACGACAUCGUUAACUAUGUCACCGUGGCCAGCUUCCUCCAGAUGUGGCACAUCGUGGACAAAUGCACGGAGAUCCUGAAGAGGCCUCGGCCCUCGGCAGAAGUCACCCCGGGAGAAGCGGCGGUCCCUCACCCCGGCACUGCAUCUCGCCAGCAGUCGCCGAGCAGCACGGACUGCCUCUAUCUGGAAAGAGAGGGACGAAGGAAGGAGAGAAAGCCUGACGCCUUGCCUCCCUUGGCUACAUGGAGACGCCCGCAGCAGUUCGCUAGAUGGGGGCGUGCGCGGCCCUCAUCAGCCCAGCACUUAGCAGACUCUCAACUGGACGCCCUCCCCAGCUAUGCGGAUAGUGAUUACACCAGCUGUGAGGAGGCAUGGGUAUCAGGCCAUGCCAAAACUAGCCACUUUGCACAUGAUGGACCGGGCCACAAUAGCCGACACCACGGGGGGUUCGUCGGCGGUGAAGCAUUAAAGCAGAAAGUCCGGUUUCAACAGCGGGGGGCAGCGCCGAGUGCUGAUAGUCUGCUUGAUAAGAAUAGAGAGAGCGGGGACAGCGACGAGACGCGAGAGAAGAGGAAGAAUGAGAGGAGAGAGAUCGAGGCCGAUGAGGGAGUUGGAGAAGAGGCGGUGGAGAAGAAGGAAGGCUUCGCACAAAUGGGACACUGUGGCUUACACUCGAUCUCCAAUGAGAGCGUAGGAGCUGAACAAGCCACGGGGAAGGCGAGUGUGGAGGAGGUCAAGGAGAAGGUGCAGAGGAACGUGGUGGGAAGCGAUCCCUCGUCAGGCCUGCCCAGUGUUCACGCGUGCCAAACAGGUGAAGGAGUUCCCGGCCCUUCCUGUCCGGUUUCAGUCCGGCUGCAGUGGCAGGCCGGUCCGUGGUCUCAACAGGAGCAGAAGCCACAGGAAGGAGAGGGCGGCAGCUGCAGUAAAGACGAGGACGAAGACGAGGAGGAGGAGGACGUGGACUUUGAGUGUUUGACCUUUAGCAGAGACACGUAUGAUGAGAUUGAAGACGGCACGGGGCAGGUUUCCCAGAGGCCUCUAGUGCCCGUGUCUCCUGACUUCACCAUGGCGGGCUCGGAGGUGAGCUGGCCCUCCACGAGCGUCGGACAGGGCGGCUCGCUGACCCCCACCUCUAAUCGCCAUCUGUCUCCAUCGUCUGCUGCGUUUCCACCACCCUCUUCACCUCCAACCCCAUCUUCGUCAUCCUCAGUGUCGCUCGCCGGCGCCCCCUACACGGGCAAAGUCCACUUCUGCCACUGCGGCAAAGCCUACACCCUGAAGAGCAUGCGCGACCGCCACGUGAAGAUGCAGCACCUCAAUCUGCGGCCGUUCGGCUGUCCCGUUUGCACAAAGUCCUUCAAGAUGAAGCACCAUCUGACGAAGCACCUUAAAACACACGGAGGGCUGCGACCCUACGAGUGUGGCCUCUGUGGGAAGAAGGUCAUCUGGAGGGACAGCUUCCUCAGGCAUCAGGCCCGAUGUGAGAGACUCGCCUCCAGCUCCUCAGCCAACGGCAACAACGCCAGCACGCCGGCAGCGGAUAUGGACGACGGCUACAGUUACGGAUUUGAAGACGGGGAGGCUUUUCUCGCAUCGGGAGGACAAGUGAAAGUGGAGGCGGUGGACUUUCACGGGGAGGUGGAGCAUGGGAUGGGUGGCCUGUUGGGCGGUGUGUCCGGGAUUGUGGAUCAGCUGAGAACUCAGUCCCAAAAUUUGGGCAGUGGCAGUAGUCACGUUUUUAAACAAGAGGCGAGCGAGAGCUUCAGCGGAAGUUAAAACAUUAAUGUGAAACUGUAUGUACACAAAUACAUACGAGAAGGAUUUGAAAUAACCAACUGCUACGUUUGUUUUGUUUUUUUUCUUUCGUG